UCUCCUCACCAGACUAUGAGCUCCUUGAAAGAGGGAAUCGUGUCUUACUCAUCUUUGUAUCCCCAGUGUCUAGCACAGUUCCUGAUACAUUGUUUUAGCUGAAUUUUGGGACAUGGCCACUGCUUCACCAAGGUCUGAUACUAGUAAUAACCACAGUGGAAGGUUACCGUUACAGGUAACUGUUUCUAGUGCCAAACUGAAGAGAAAAAAGAACUGGUUUGGAACAGCAAUAUAUACGGAAGUAGUUGUAGAUGGAGAAAUUAAGAAAACAGCAAAAUCCAGUAGUUCUUCUAAUCCAAAGUGGGAUGAACAGCUAACUGUAAAUGUGACCCCACAGACUACAUUGGAAUUUCGAGUUUGGAGUCAUCACACUUUAAAAGCAGAUGCUUUAUUAGGAAGAGCAACGAUAGAUUUGAAACAAGCUCUUUUAAUACACAAUAGGAAAUUGGAAAGAGUGAAAGAACAAUUAAAGCUUUCCUUGGAAAACAAGAAUGGCAUAGUGCAAACUGGUGAAUUGACAGUUGUGCUUGAUGGAUUGGUGAUUGAGCAAGAAAAUCUAACAAACUGCAGCUCAUCUCCAACCAUAGAAAUACAGCAAAAUGGUGAUGCCUUACAUGAAAAUGGAGAGCCUUCAGCAAGGACAACUACCAGGUUGGCUGUCGAAGGUACUAAUGGAAUAGAUAAUCAUGUACCUACAAACACACUAGUCCAAAACUCAUGCUGUUCAUAUGUAGUUAAUGGAGACAACACACCUUCAUCUCCGUCUCAGGUUGCUGCCAGACCCAAAAAUACACCAGCUCCCAAACCACUCACAUCUGAGCCUGCCAAUGACACUGUUAAUGGAGAAUCAUCCUCAUUUGCACGAACUGAUACUGCUUCCGCCACGGGUACUCCAUUAGUGUCUGAAGAAAACGCCUUGUCUUCAAAUUGCACUAGUACUACUGUUGAAGAUCCUCCAGUUCAAGAAAUACUGACUUCCUCAGAAAACAAUGAAUGUAUUCCUUCUAACAGUGCAGAAUUGGGAUCUGAAGCUAGAAGUAUAUUAGACCCUGACACUUCUAAUUCUGGAAAUAGUUCUGCUUUUGAGGCAGCCAAAUUAAGACAGCCAGAUGGGUGUAUGGAACCUGUACGGCAGCAGUCUGGAAAUGCCAACACAGAAACUUUGCCAUCAGGGUGGGAACAAAGAAAAGAUCCUCAUGGUAGAACCUAUUAUGUGGAUCAUAAUACUCGAACUACCACAUGGGAGAGACCACAACCUUUACCUCCAGGUUGGGAAAGAAGAGUUGAUGAUCGUGGAAGAGUGUAUUAUGUGGAUCAUAACACCAGAACAACAACGUGGCAGCGGCCUACCAUGGAAUCUGUCCGGAACUUUGAACAGUGGCAAUCUCAGCGGAACCAAUUGCAGGGAGCUAUGCAACAGUUCAACCAACGAUACCUCUAUUCGGCUUCAGUGUUAGCUGCAGAAAAUGACCCGUAUGGACCUUUGCCACCAGGCUGGGAAAAAAGAGUCGAUUCAACAGACAGGGUUUAUUUUGUGAAUCAUAACACAAAAACAACCCAGUGGGAAGAUCCAAGAACUCAAGGCUUACAGAAUGAAGAACCCCUGCCAGAAGGCUGGGAAAUUAGGUACACUCGUGAAGGUGUUAGGUACUUUGUUGAUCAUAAUACAAGAACAACAACAUUCAAAGAUCCUCGCAAUGGAAAGUCAUCUGUAACUAAAGGUGGUCCGCAAAUUGCUUAUGAGCGCAGCUUUAGGUGGAAACUUGCUCACUUCCGUUAUUUGUGCCAGUCUAAUGCACUACCCAGUCAUGUAAAGAUCAAUGUGUCCCGGCAGACAUUGUUUGAAGAUUCCUUCCAACAGAUUAUGGCAUUAAAACCUUAUGACUUGAGGAGGCGAUUAUAUGUAAUAUUUAGAGGAGAAGAAGGACUUGAUUAUGGUGGCCUAGCAAGAGAAUGGUUUUUCUUGCUUUCACAUGAAGUUUUGAACCCAAUGUAUUGCUUGUUUGAGUAUGCGGGCAAGAACAACUAUUGUUUGCAGAUAAAUCCAGCAUCAACCAUUAAUCCAGACCAUCUUUCAUACUUCUGUUUCAUUGGUCGCUUUAUUGCCAUGCCUUUUACUUCAUAUACAAAUUACCUAUUUUUAAAUACCGCCUUUAUUUUCAGUUUAAUGACAGAAUGGCGUUUUUCUCGAGGAGUACAAGAACAGACCAAAGCUUUCCUUGAUGGUUUUAAUGAAGUUGUUCCUCUUCAGUGGCUACAGUACUUUGAUGAAAAAGAAUUAGAGGUUAUGUUGUGUGGCAUGCAGGAAGUUGACUUGGCAGAUUGGCAGAGAAAUACUGUUUAUCGACAUUAUACAAGAAACAGCAAGCAAAUUAUUUGGUUUUGGCAGUUUGUGAAGGAGACAGACAAUGAAGUAAGAAUGCGACUGUUGCAGUUUGUCACUGGAACCUGUCGUUUACCUCUAGGAGGAUUUGCUGAGCUCAUGGGAAGUAAUGGGCCUCAAAAGUUUUGCAUUGAAAAAGUUGGCAAAGACACCUGGUUACCAAGAAGCCAUACGUGUUUUAAUCGCUUGGAUCUACCACCAUAUAAGAGUUAUGAACAACUAAAGGAAAAACUUCUUUUUGCAAUAGAAGAGACAGAGGGAUUUGGACAAGAAUGAAUGUGGCUUCUUGUUUUGGAGGAGCUCUUGCAUUUAAAUACCCCAGCCAAGAAAAAUUGCACAGAUAGUGUAUAUAAGCUGUUCAUUCUGUACAGUGAAUUUUCUGAACUUCUCAAAGUAUAAAUGUUUUCCGUUCUUCCACAGAAAUAUGCAAAACAAUUCAUCCUUUUCUACUUUAUUUAUUGUUCCCUUGAAAUGACUGACCAGGAAAAAGAUCAUCCUUAAAUUUUGAAGCAAGCAAGAGACUUUAUUAAAAAUAAGAAGUAUAUAUCUAUAUAAGCAUAUAUGAUAGUGGCUCUAGUUUUAUAGAGCUCCAAGUGUAUUAAACAUGACAGCCAUUCAUUCAAAAAGAUCUGGAUUUGCUUUACCUUGUUUCUGUUAUCCAGGGGAAAAAGUACAAAUGCUCUAUGUUCUUCUCCCUUAUGUAACAUCUUCUGGGGGUGUUUAGUUGCAUGGCUGUUCAGGAAGGUAUUAAGGGCUUAGGCCAAAUCUCACUUUGAGUAUGUUAAAAAAAAAAAUGCUGCUGGCUUUUCUGAAGACAGGUGCUUGAACCUGUCAAUUUGUUUUAAAUAAAUAACAAUAGUUGAAAAAAUUUUCCCUCUUUGCUACAUCAGUAAUACAGAAUAAUGAAUGAAACCAUAACUUACAUGAAAGUCAUGUACUAGAUCCAAUACCAUUUAGUUUGUUAUAGAGAUUGGAAAGAUUUCAUUGUGCAGCAUAGAGGUUUGUUUACAUGUUACUUUGGGAUGCUAGGUAUUUUGUGGAAUUAAAAAGAAUCAGGUACUUCUUUACUUUUGUUUUUAAAUCUGUGAUGUUCUUCAAAUUUAAUUCAUAAUAAAUUGAUGCAGUUUGAUACUUAGCAACAUAUAAAAGGGAAUGAGAACUUUGCUGCUUUUGUGUUCAGAGUUUUGGUUUUAUAAAACCAGAUGGAUUGAAGAGUUACAUAAGCAUUUGAACGCUCAAAACAAGUAUAAGACUAAUGAUUUUCUAUUGGUGUUUAAAUCUUUAUUCGUCUCAAAUUCGUGACAAUUCUAUGUAUCUGAAUUAAAUAAGCAUAUAAAAAUC